AUGAAGCUGCUGACCUUGUUUCUCAUGAUGAUGGUGAGAGCAUCCGCCAGCCGAAUCCUGAGUGCCCAGGUGUCCAAAGUGUACUUCCACCUGUUGAAGUCUGAAGACCAGACUGAGGUGGAUCGCACAGCAGAGACCCCGGCAGGUUCGAAACACCUGCCCAUCGAUGACCUAAGGGAGAACGAGAGAAACCCAUUCGACCCCCGACCCCGAGACAUUAACUCCACCUUCCUGUACCAGCAUCUGGGCAGCAGAUUUGACGCCGACUACAUGUCGGUGAGAGAUCCUAGAAACCGAGCAGACACUGCCACACUAAUCCAGCUCAUUCACGGCAGGCCCAAGGGACGCCGCCCUAGCUAUCUGAAUUUGUUGCGGGCAGCUCGGGUUCAAGGAGGUUCAAAAAUCAAGCUGAACAUAACCAAAGGCGAGCGGGUCAAGUUGCAGAAGUUUCUGUGGACCUACACGGCGUGCCCACUCAAACACACCUGGAAGUUUCUCGGCGUUCGAUUCUGGCCGCCAUGGGUCAAGGAAGGCUCCUGCUACAGUGAAAGGUCCUGCUCUUUCCCUCCAGGGAUGACGUGCAAAGAGAGCUCCUAUACCUACAAGGUCCUUCUUCGCUGGGAGUGUGCCCAGACAGGUCACUUCUGCAAGUGGAGACCGUUUCCCUACAGGAUGAUCACAAACUGCGCCUGCGCCUGCUAG